AUGAAUUCUGGCCAAGGUGGUAUGGCUGCUCCCGUUGCACCAGAGGAUGCUGCACUAGAGGAUGUUGCACCAGAGGAUGUUGCACUAGAGGAUGUUGCACCAGAGGAUGCUGCACUAGAGGAUGUUGCACUAGAGGAUGUUGAACCAGAGGAUGUUGCACUAGAGGAUGUUGCACCAGAGGAUGCUGCACUAGAGGAUGUUGCACUAGAGGAUGUUGCACCAGAGGAUGCUGCACUAGAGGAUGUUGCACCAGAGGAUGCUGCACUAGAGGAUGUUGAACUAGAGGAUGUUGCACCAGAGGAUGUUGCACUAGAGGAUGUUGCACCAGAGGAUGUUGCACUAGAGGAUGUUGCACCAGAGGAUGUUGCACUAGAGGAUGUUGCACCAGAGGAUGUUGCACUAGAGGAUGCCAACAUCCUCUCCAGUAAUCAAAAAGAACCUAAAUCACAAGCUCUCUCAAAAUCUCUCACGCAUUCAAAGUCACUCCCCACAGCGUCCAUAAACGCUCACAACCACAACUACAACCUCUCGGCUCCUAGAACCAAGCCUCACAGUGCCUAUAAACUACCGUGUGAAGCAGGGAACGACGCCUCCCCAAGACAGACGCCUCACAGCGACCAUAAACUACCGUGUGAAGCAGGGAACGACGCCUCCCCAAGACAGACGCCUCACAGCGACCAUAAACUACCGUGUGAAGCAGGGGACGACGCCUCCCCAAGACAGACGCCUCACAGCGACCAUAAACUACCGUAUGAAGCAGGGGACGACGCCUCCCCAAGACAGACGCCUCACAGCGACCAUAAACUACCGUAUGAAGCAGGGAACGACGCCUCCCCAAGACAGACGCCACUAGACACAACAAGAUAUUGUCAGCGGAGAACCCAGAAAAAGCCACAGCGAGGUCACUGA